AUGCUCGACGAUGCCGUCGGACGCAAGGAAGAAGCGCCUAUGAUGUUGGGGACUCCUCAUAAAGGAAUUGAAAUGUCCUCCGAAGAGUGCUCUCGCAACGAGAGUUACGAUUUCGUCCGCUACGCUGUGAUCGUCUAUAUCGGGACUCCGAUCGCACUUGCUGGUGUUGUCUGUAAUUGCAUAUUACUGCGAUUAUUCUCGAGAUGUCAUUCGAGAAGGUCAUCCACGCUGUAUCUACUUGUGCUGGCUCUUCUUGAUCUCCUCAUGGAUCUACUGUACAUCCCUUUCUUUACGGUGGAUGCGUUGGCAAUCUAUCAUCAGAAUGAAUUCCUCUAUCAUUUUUGGCACGUCUACGCAAUGCUUGUCUUCGGCACUAGCCGAAUGGUACAAUUUGCGUCCACUUACAUGAUUCUAUGUGCUACAAUGGAACGAUUCAUUGUCGUCGCUGAGAUACAUUCGUUGGAAUCUUUAGUGACUGAAAAUGGCCGAUAUCUUACCAUUGGCGUAGUGCUUCUGGGAGUGAUUGGUCUACGUCUCCCGGCUUUCUUCGAAUAUGUGAUCGCAUUCCGGCCAGAAUGUCCCAUUUAUAUGAGUUACGACUACGUCCCAAAAUUGGCUGGCUGGGAACAUUAUCAAAUAUUUAAUUUCUAUGUGAUGACGGUUCUGCAUAUUUUCGUUCCAUUUGCAAUACUCUUAGUGCUGAAUAUUUCUAUUGUUGUGCUGACAAAACGAAAAGUUCAUGGAAUUAAUUGGGCGGUGACGGCAUUUAUUGGGCUUCCAAAAGUAUCGGAGUUGGUACGAAAAGAAACUAUGGAAUCGUCCAGAAAACGUCGUGACGAAGUUCGAUGUGCGACACGUACAAUGGUCUCCAUAACAACCACUUACCUCUGUUGCUCAUCAUUAUCGUUAUUUAUUUCUGUGAUGGAAAAUGUAUUCCCGGAAAACUCAUUGUUAUUUAAUGAGGACGGCAGUAGCACUCGUUUCUAUACGUUGGCAAGCGAUGCCGUCAGUAUUUUGGUAGCCGUGAACAGCCUUCUACGACUGUUUGUUUAUAUGAUUUGCAGUCCAAAUCUGAGGGAACAACUCUUCAACGAAUUUCCGAUUUUCAAUUGUUGUCAUAAGAAGAAAAAGUUGGAGGAAAACGACGAAAAAGUCUUCACAUACCAGCAAACAUUGCUCCUCGCCAAUCCAGCAAUGCUAUAG